AUGUGCCUGAGCAUAGUCUCAAUUGCACAGAUCUCAGAGUACAUUCUGGUGAGGAUGAAAAGCGCGGCUGAGACGGGCUACUGUUUCAACAUCAGGAGGCUCCGACUGCAGGAAAAACUGGUCCUGUUGAGAUACGAUCCCAUUGCAAAACAACGUGUCCUCUUCACAGAGAAGAGAAAAAUCCGCUCUAUCUGAACAAUGACUGGACUUGAUUUAUGCACGAGGAGAGGACAGUUUAGGGGGAGGACGGGGUGAACGCUGAUUCAGAAAUCCAGCAACAUGGGCUGAAAAGAGAGGAAAUGAACUGGGAUCACCGUCUCCUGUGAUUUGAAGGCCAUUGUGAAUAAAACAAUGUGGAGAGCGAAAAUUCUUAAUGUCUGGACAUAGAUCAUCACAGUAACAUUUAUUUAUCUUUAGAGUUAUUUUUACAGUACUCAAUUAAAAAAAUUAAAUAGCAAA